AUGUCUUCUCCUAAAAUUUCUUAUGAAAAUGCUGAAGUAACUGAAUUUUCGAAUCAAGAUUAUCCCGACAAUGUUAAUCGAAUCAAAAGAGUAAAUGAAUUAGAGGAUGAUAUAAAAUCAUAUAAUAAUGAAAUUGUACAAAAAAACGAAAAACUCAACUUAACUGUUAAAAAUUUAAUAUCAAAAUUAAAUAUUAUUGCAGAUAAAAUUAAUUUUACCGCGUUAAAAGCAGAAGAAAAAGUAUUGAUUUAUGAAGUUGAAAAUUAUUUUGUAUAUCCUAAAAUUAUAGAAUGGAUUUUUAACAUAUCUCUCAAUUCA